AUGUUUUUAACAUUAACAUUUCCUUGUUCCGUUCCAGGCUAUGGUUUAGCAAACUAUGACGACGCUCCCCACAGUGGCUAUGGCUACGAAUAUAUCACAGAUGAACACGAUGGUCACUACGACGGACAUCAUCAUUCAGACCAUCAUCAUGCAGAUCACCAUCAUCAUCUGGACCACCAUCACCAUCCAGACCACCAUCACCAUCCAGACCACCAUCACCAUGUAGACCACCAUUAUGAUCAUCAUUCACAUCACGACGACCACAAACACGGUUACGAACAUCACCAUAAGCAUUUGGAUCAUGCCCUCGCUGCUAAGAGUGUUCUUUGGCCAAUUGCUGGCAUCGCUUUAUUGGGUGCUGCAGCCGCUUUAGUCAGCAAUCCAGUCCUUCUACAACUUGGAGUAGUAUCAGGAAAACGAAAAAGGCGUAAUACAGAAGAUUACUUACCAAAGGAUAUCAUGGGAUUUCAUGAAAAGUAUAAUUUAAGCAAACAGAAGGAUUCCAAACAUUACAAUAAAGAAACUUCAUCGAUAACAUCUAAUUAUAAAGCUGAUGAUAUGGAAAAUACUACCCUUUACAGCAGAGCAAUCAAGAAUCACAGAUUGAUAAGAAAAGUAUCCCCGAAAGUUAAUAAAGACAUCGAAAAAUUAUCAUUUGAUAUUUCUAAUGUAUACAAAGAACCGAAAGAUAAACAUUACAUUCCAAUACCACUUAAAUAUAAGAACUAA